AAUUUGUCGUGAAGUACACUACCCACGGACACAUGAUGAAUGGCUUACUUUCUCAGACUCGGAAGAAGAUUGAUUCUAAAAGACAACGCAGCAACUCGGAAGAUUUAGGCAGAAUGAAGCAUACAUUCUUUGCAACAUCGAGCGUAUUGCCUCUUAUAAUCGUCUUAGCGCUACAAACAGUAAUCGUGACGGGCAAGAAUUCAGAACACUUUGCAGACAUUGCCGAUUCAUCAUGGGCAUUAUUCGACAAUUGCCAACAGCUUGGCACGAAGAUUAACAAUGGGCAACUCAAAAUAUAUGGCCAAGACAUUGAGGACAACCUCGUAGACCUAGCGAAUGCCGUGAGCGAUGCCGUAGGGUCUCUUCUAAUCAUGGAAGACUCCGGAGAUGCUUUAUUUCGAAGGUUUAAAUGGCAGAUUCAUGAAAUUAUUGAUAUUUUCAACGAUAUCGAAGGAAAACCAGACGGGAAAACUAUCGAAGAUAUUAUGAAUCGACUGGAGAGCAUUUCAACUUUAGCAGAAAACGUGGGAAUACGUAUAAAGGAUGCCAGAAUAAGAAUGGAAAGAGUCGUCAAUUUGAAAAAAUGGACGCUAAAUUCUCUUCGCAAUGGUCAACGUGAAGGUAGUAAUGCUCUUGUACAAGAUCGCGCUCGCUUCAAUAGCUGGAUUCUGUGGGUAAUUGACAUAUUAACUGGCAGAGCGGCAACACGCGAACUGAGGCAAGGUCAGUUAAAUGAGGCGCUCCUACAAAUCGGGAAUACCAUAAAGGUUAUAAACAAUAUGAAUGGCCAUGUCGCAAAAAUUUCGAGAAAUCUAAACAGGUUUGCAGAAAGCAUAACGCAAUUGAAAGCGGAUCUAAGCGAAUCAAUCGCACAUGAAAGACCCUCAAGGGCUAUGUUGGAGUUUUUGACCGAUACUUUAGAAGAUGCUAGAAAAAAGUACGCGGCUUUUAAAAACUGA